GCUGAUCAUCUCCAACAAGCCACCGCCGAGUAUGCCAUCAGCUCCGGCAACUACCAUGAGGACCUGCUGCACGAUCUCUUCCAGGUCAUCCGAUCCGUUAACCCCGAUUACACCCCGACCCUGGUGGGCAUGAUCCGCAACCAUGCAUCGCUGGAUGAGGUGCGUGGCUACCUCACCCGCGUCCUGGCCAACGCCCAGCCCUCGCUCCAGGAUCAACAAGACGCUUUGCACCGCCUCGAGGGCCUGCGUCGCGGUAUCGAGGUCGAAAGUGAGCCCCCGCGCUUUCGGCCCCAGAUCAUGGACAUCCGGUAUCUGUGCAGCAGUGCCCCCUACCGCGUCCCCGCCAAACCGUGGACCUCGGUGACCGACGACGAUGACUUGGUCUCCCACCUCGUCUCCCUCUAUCUCGUCUGGGAUUACCCUUUCUUCGCCUUCUUCGACAGUAAGACGUUUGUCAAGCACAUGGCCAUGGGCAACACCGAGUCCGACUUUUGCAGUCCCUUCUUGGUCAACGCCCUGUUGGCCAAUGCAUGCUAUUACUCGCAAUAUACGGAAGCCUACACUGUCCCCGGUGAUGUUCGCACGAAAGGCGCCGAUUUUCUGGCGGAGGCAGAACGCCAUCUGCAGUCCCAUCAGUUCGAGAAGGGAGGCGACAUUCGUCUGGCAUCCUUGCAGGCGCACUUGUUGCUGUAUGAGAGAUACUCCCUGUCCGGCCACGAUGAUUGGGGUUACACUAUGCUACACCGCGCCAUUGAAAUGGGAGAGUCGUUGGGCAUCGUGAACCAAAAGACAGGCUUACGCCUCUCACUUUCCCAAAUGUCCGAGGAUAUGAUCGUCUCCAUUAAGCGCACCGCCUGGGGCUUGUUCCAGGUAGACACGGUCGUCCAUACCAACUUCCUCCGGCCUAGCCGCGUAAGAUCCGUCAAUGUCGAGCCCAUCGAGCGAGAUGACACCAACUCAAGCGAGAGAUGGACGCCAUACCCGAUUUCCCCCACCGUCCGGCCGUCAUACCUGAGCCAAUAUUUUGACGAGGCAUGUAAGCUCUCUUUCAUCGCCCGCGACAUUUCCUGGAAUCUGUCCCGCACCGAGCGUUCGGGCGCCGAGCCGGAUCAGCGCAAGCAGGAACUCUACGACCAACUCAGUGUAUGGGAGAGCAACCUCCCCGAAUGCUUCGAUCCGGCUACGCGACCGGCGCCACAUCUCCUUUUGCUCAGAAUGCGUUUCCACACGCUAGUUAUAAACCUGUGUUGCGAUCGGUUUGGAGUCCACCCCUUACUGUCAGAACAUGACAAUCGUGCUCCUCGAGAGAGCAAAGGGUUCAGCGCCAUGGAAAUUGCCAUGUCGUCGGUGCGGGCCAUCGCGGCGCUCACGCAGCAACUGCGGGCGGAAUACGGGAUGGAGCACGCCCACCAGUUCGCCAUGUACUCGGUCAACCUGGCACUGUUUACCCUCCUCGGCCAGGACACCUUCGAUAUUCUCGACCGAGACUUCCUGACCCUGACCAGCGCCAUGUCCAUCAUUGCCUGCCGUUCCCAGCUGGGGCGCCAUCUCUUCCACCUCUUCAAGCUGUCGGUGCGGGCACGCAAUCAGGGGGAUCGUGUACAGCAGUCGGACGAGGUUCCACCGGGAAUCAAAGAGCUGUUUCAGCCCGAUUCAAUGCCGCAAGUACCUGAUCGGUGGGAUAAAUACGCCAAGGAGCUCACCAAGAUCGACGGCGAACAGAGCUAUGUACAACACUUCCAGGAUGAUCCGCAAGCGUCGCCUGCCUCUGGCUUGCACGAGAUGUUGCAACAAUACGAGCGGUUAAGUGUUGGCAAAGACGAGGAGUGGCGCGACCGUCGGCCCACAGAAAUAACACAUUUUUUCUGA